AUGAUAAACACACAAUCAAGCAAUAAUGUGAACACUCGCAAUGUAGAACCAUUAGACGUUACGACACUCACAACUUUUGACCUUGAACCGGCUGCUGAGCAAGAUAACGAGACGGUUCUAUCAAAGAUAUUUCAACGCGUAAAAAGUUCAUUUAGUGUUAUAACUCCACCAAUUGCCACCACAUCCUCAACAUUAGUCACUGGAGAACAAAACAAUACUGCCUCUACAACCUCGGCAGAGUCAAAAGGUAUUAAUGCUUCCUUACCUACGUCCUCAAUGCCGGAAAAAGAUAAGGGUUCUGUUCAAGACGCUUCACCUAAUGUUUCGCUAUCGGACGAUGUAACUGUGAGUUCAGAUAGUGCCAAGUUCGAUAACCCCACUGUUCAAGUAACAAUGGCGAAAGAGAAAGAAGAUGCAGCGGCUACAAAAUCUGCUCCAAUUACUACUCCAGAAAGUAGCAAUUCAGUGUCUGAUAGUAAAGUUAUUCGGAGGUUAAGAGGAGAGGGCAUAACCAAAGAUUACUGGAUGGCCGAUGACACUUGUAAAGAAUGUUAUAUCUGCAAAGUCAAUUUUACCACAUGGAGGAGGAAGCAUCAUUGCCGUACUUGCGGCCUGAUAUUCUGCUCCAAGUGUGCAUCUAAUAUAAUAUCCGGUGAGAAAUACGGUCAUGAUGGACAGAUGCGGGUGUGUGACCUCUGUCUGAGUUUAAUGAAGGAACAUGGUGAUUAUGAUGAGAAUGAUAACGGCGACUGCAAGAGGGUUUACUAUGAAAAGUACGACCCCGCUGUCUAUAAGUCAUCUCCUGCUUCCUCCUUACAAGACGGUUUUCAUACAGCACCAUAUACUUCAGCUGAUGCAAAUAAAUCGACAUCGUCAUUGAUGCAUCCUCUGCAAAAUAUCAUCCCACGCGCACCCUCGCCAGAUACCAUCUCGAUCAACGAUGGGUUUAGGAAAAUACUUACCGCUGGAUCAUCCUUGUUCACAACACGUUCGAGAUCGAAUACAGCAUCUGACGAACAAUACAUGGGAUUAGCCCCAUCACUCGAUCCGUUCAGGCGUAAUUUAGCAGAGGAAGAUGAAGUUGUUCCUGCGGUUAAUCCCGAAACGGGUCUCGAUCCAGAAUUAGCGAGUGAUGAGGACAGUGAAGAUCAGUAUGACUCAUGGAAUAACCCUAGUUUAACAAAUUUCCUCACUACGCUUCCGUACGGUUGUGGGGACACGCUCGAGUCGACAACAACAACCCCAGCUGUAUCCGAGUACGCUGGAAGUGACGAUGAAGUAUGGAGCUUCAACACGAGACAAUCCCAAUCCAGACUGCAUCAAAAGAGUUCACGUGAAGACGGUUUUCGCACUCACUUUAGAGAUCGAAGUGCAAGUUCACGACGACGCAGCAUUACAAGUAAUCGACCUGUUCUUCAUGCAAGGAGAGGUCUAAAGCGACAAAUCAAUAGCAAUGUGGGACAGCAGAUAGAUGCACAACUCGGUUCAUCCCCUAUAGAACCAAGAUCUGUUUCACCCUUUCCAAUAAAGCAUCAUCGGUCUUCAUCUGCUCCCGUAAAAGUAGAAAUUAAUCCCGUCUUUCUUCAACAUAUGAGCAGAUUAUUGCGACAGUCACUGAUAGAAGCUAAAAUAGACUUGUCAGAGGGUUGGGAAGACGUCAUAAUGAAGCUAAUGUUAAAAGUAUCCGAUUAUAUAAGCACGGAUAUUCGAAAUGGCGAUGAAAUUGACAUUCGCCACUACGUAAAGACAAAGAGGAUACCAGGAGGCACACCACAAGAUUCAGAGUAUGUUCAGGGUGUAGUCUGCACCAAGAAUGUUGCUCACAAGAAAAUGCCACGACGACUCGUCAACCCUCAAAUCCUUAUUCUCACGUUUGCACUGGAAUAUCAUAGAGUAGAGGAUGAGUUUAUGUCUCUGGAGCCUGUUAUUCAACAGGAAGAAGAAUAUCUACAAAACCUGGUUCAACGCAUUGUCGAUUUAGGUCCCGACUUGAUAUUAGUUGAAAAGUCCGUCGCCCGGAAGGCAUUACAAUUUCUCUUGGAUAGAAAAGUUACCGUUGUCAUCAAUGUUAAACCAACAGUAAUCGAAGCCGUAGCCAGAUGUACGCGUGCUUGUAUUAUUUCAUCAAUCGACCAGCUCGCUCAGCUUGCUUCGGAACCACGGGUAACUAAAUGUGGAGAGUUCUCUGUUAGAACUUAUGUACAUGAACUGCUGCCUGGCCAUCGAAAAACAUAUCUCGUUUUCGACAAGUGUCCAAAGGAACUCGGAUGUACUCUUAUUCUCAGAGGAGAAGAUAUCAAAAAGCUCGAGAAAAUCAAAUUAAUUACGUAUCUGAUGACGCACGUUGCUUAUAAUUUGAAAUUAGAGACUGCUUUGAUGACAAAUCAAAAUGCACGAGUUCCCUCAAUGUUUGUGGAUGAUGGAGAUGAGAAAGAUGCAGACAAGACAAACGCGGCUAACAGCGAUGCCGAGAAAUCGGAAACAACUGACAAACGUUUAGUUACAUUUGAAUCUACGUUAUUUUCCGCAUCACCAUUUGUCAAAUUCCCUCUCCCAUACCUAUUAAUAAGGGUGAGACAGGCGGAACGCAAAUUAACGGAACUAUCGGCAGCACGCAACCAAACAUUCAAGGAUAGCGAAAAGCAACACUAUUCCACGAUAGGAAGUACUAGCAGCAUGCAUUCUGGUAUAUCGUAUUUACCAGAGCAAGUAAUCACUGAGAACGAACUAAAAGACGCCUGCAAUGAAAAUAACCUGAGAACAAGGGCAUGGAGUCGUUUCUUAAAUAGUUACGAACAUGUUACUCCUUUUUCCCAUCAGAAUAUUGUUGUCUUGUAUUCAAACGUCUGCAAUGUCACCCAGCUGUCAUGUCAAGGGCCACUAAUUCGUGUUCUCGAGUACUACCGCGAGACGGAUAUAACGCUAGGUCAGUAUCUCGAAGAAACUUACACCGAAGCCAGUAUUCUAUGUCCAGUAAAGUCCUGCGAUCGACCACUGCUUCUGCAUCACAGAAACUACUGUCACGGAUUUGCAAAGAUUACCGUCAGCGUCAUUGAUGAAUGCCCUAUUCGCGAUAUUGAGAAUACUAUUAUGAUGUGGAACUAUUGCAAAAAAUGCAAAAGAGCAACCCAAGCCAUUCCAAUGUCAGAUGAUACUUGGAAAUAUUCGUUCGGAAAAUAUCUCGAGCUUUCAUUCUAUCAAACAGAGCUCAGAAGCCGUGUUGAAGGAUGUCCUCAUAGCAUAUACCGUGACCAUCGGCGCUUCUUUGGUUUCAAUAACCUUACUGUCUGUUUUGAAUAUCAUUCAAUCGAUCUUAUGGAAAUAUAUUCGCCACCCAUGACUUUAUAUAUCAAACCGGAAGUUCAUAUUCGAUUAAAGAAACGAGAUGUAGAUACUAUUCGGCAGAAGAUCAUCGGAUACUGGGAUUCUGUUUCAGAUAGAAUUAAAAACUUUAACGAGGAUGCCGUUCAAAAAGAAAAACUCGAAGCAUGCAAACAGGAACUUUUAGAGAUGUUGCGACGGGUUGCAACCGAAAAAAAGUAUAUGCUUCACUUGCUGCAGCAGACAUAUAAGAACAGUGGGCCAACCGAUAUUCUUGCACUUAAUUUUGUAUUAACUACUUUACAGGAGAAAGUAGUAGCUUGGGAACAGAACUUUAGUGAAAUUGUCCGGCAAUAUCUACGUCCACGAUUAACAGCAGUUCAGCUUAGACGUUUUCUCGGUGAGGAUAAAUAUAACAUGGCUCCGGAGCAGGGCUCCUCUGUAUCGCGGUUCUAUGACUUACCUCUCGUCAAUAUGGACUAUGACGAUGAUCCAAGUAUCAAAUCAGAUGAACAACCCGUUCCAUCGAUUCUGCCGAAACUAGGAACUUCACCUAAUUCAGAACAUGAAUGGAAAGAUGGCGAUAUUCGAAAUGAUGACGAAAUAGAGAGUUUAGAGAUUGAUAUGGAGAAAGCUCAUUCGCAGUCAGUUUUUAUGGACCCGAAGAUAAGUCGACGAUUGUCGAUGAAAUGGAUGAAGGCGGAACGCCCAAGCAGACUACAGAGACCACCGUCAGAGGCAUUAUUUUCUCCAAUAAUGAACAAAGGCAACCCAUUCCAACAAGAGUCUGAAGAUAUUGUCCCUCCUCGCAUAGAGCCUACUACCAUUAAACACAAAAAUAAGCCUAGUGAACUGAAAGACCCAGCGACGGAUAGUUACGGCUCUCGGCAUCGAGCGUCCUCCGGUUUUGCUCGCGCUUUGCAGGGGUCAAAUUCUUCCAAUUUUUCAUCUUCAUCGCGCCCAAGUCGCCUGCAUUUUGUAUUCGAGAAGAAGGAAAUCGACGAGAAACAACCCGAACAAGGCUCUAGAAAACACAAGCAAAAGGCGGCGAAUAAUAGCGAUAACGAGAAGCAUUCAUCUCGUCUGGGAGGCAAGUCUGCUCGAACAGAUCUUGCGAAUACUGAUGAGCCAGCCCGUCGUUCGUUGGUACAAAAAAUAGAAAAUAAAGGUCGUAAGCUCUUUAGAAAAGGUACUGAAGAAUUUUAUUCCGUGCUCAGGCAAGUACCGACAGACGAAUUAUAUAUCGAUUAUUCGGCGUCAACAUUUUUGGGACAAGAUUACGACGACGCACCUGCGCCCGAGUUCGAACGAGCAGCAGCAGAUGGAGGAUCUGCACAACCAAGGGUCGCAUUCGUGAGAUCAUUGGCAAACUUGUUGGCUGAUCGUGGUGCAAAUGCUCUGAAGCCUUUGGACUAUCCGUUACAAUCUACAGAACAUGUGUUCCCUGAUUCGAAAGUUAUUGUUAGAGAAGAUGAACCCAGUUCCAUCAUAGCAUUCACGCUGAGCUCCAAAGAUUAUCUCGAAAAAUUACAUUCUGUGCAGAAAACUCAGCCAUCUACGACAUCCUCGGAGAGAUUUAUGCCUGGCGACGAACUUAAAAGCGGUUCACAGGGUUCGGAUUGGGGAAUAUUGGAUGUUGAUGCUGGGGAUGCAUUGCUAAGGGAGACGGGAUCACAUAUAAAAUAUCAAGUGCAAGAGGGAUCUACAAAAUUAUUAUGUAAAAUAUUUUUCGCUGAACAGUUUGAUGCUCUGCGGCGUAAUUGUGAAUGCGACGAGACGUAUGUCCAAUCACUUGCACGUUGUGUCAAGUGGGAUUCUUCUGGUGGUAAAUCCGGAUCAGCAUUUUUGAAAACAAGAGAUGAUCGGCUAGUGAUGAAACAAAUGUCGCGUCUGGAAUUCGAUGCUUUCCUGAAAUUUGCACCAACAUAUUUCAACUACAUGCACAAAGCAUUCUAUCAAGAGCUUCCGACAGUUCUGGCCAAAAUAUUUGGAUUCUAUCGUAUUGGGUACAAAAACGAACAUUUAGGAAAAUCUAUCAAGAUCGAUGUGAUUGUCAUGGAGAAUCUUUUCUAUGAGCGAAAGAUAUCAAAGAUUUUUGAUUUGAAAGGGUCAAUGAGGAAUCGUCAUGUACAAAGUACCGGGAAAGAGAACGAAGUAUUAUUAGAUGAAAACUUACUUGAACUGUUGAACGACCAACCAUUGUUUCUUCACGAACAUUCAAAGGCAGCGUUAUACGUCUCGCUGUGGAACGAUACACUCUUCUUGUCACAACAGAACGUGAUGGACUAUUCGUUACUGGUUGGAAUUGAUGAAGAGAAUCAGGAGCUUGUAGUGGGCAUAGUUGAUUUCAUUCGUCAAUUUACCUGGGAUAAAAGACUAGAAAGUUGGGUGAAGGAGACUGGGUUCCUCGGGGGAGGUGGUAAGGAGCCCACAAUUGUUUCGCCUCGUCAAUACAAGCGUCGGUUCCGAGAAGCUAUGGACAGAUACUUCUUGAUGGUACCUGACGUAUGGUUUACGUUUAAAGAUUAUCGUAAGAAUCGAUCAAGGGGAAUCGAGAGAGCUAGUGAGUAG